CCGCCGCCCCCCACCACAGAGGUGACGGACGAGGAGCUGGUCCAUUUGGUCACUGACGGAGAAAUGGGUAACUGGCACCACACCGGACGCGUCGCACUGUAACAUCUGCCUUGGAUAUCUAUUCUUGAGUCAGUAUGUUUGCAUUAACUGCAACUUUUUCAUUUGCCGGUCGCUAAAGCUGAUGCUUGAAGGACAAAGGUAGGUUUAUCAGGUGAUGUAGCCGUCUUUGUUGGUGGUAGACGUGCCGUCCUCACUCACGUAGUGGUAAUGUGGAUUUGAUUAAACUCCCCAUGUAGCACACCUCUUAACGGUCGCCUUGUAGCACACCUCUUAACAGUCACCUUGUAGCACACCUCUUAACAGUCACCUUGUAGCACACCUCUUAACAGUCACCUUGUAGCACACCUCUUAACAGUCGCCUUGUAGCACACCUCUUAACGGUCACCUUGUAGCACACCUCUUAACGGUCGCCUUGUAGCACACCUCUUAACGGUCGCCUUGUAGCACACCUCUUAACGGUCGCCUUGUAGCACACCUCUUAACGGUAACCUUGUAGCACACCUCUUAACGGUAACCUUGUAGCACACCUCUUAACAGUCACCUUGUAGCACACCUCUUAACGGUAACCUUGUAGCACACCUCUUAACGGUCGCCUUGUAGCACACCUCUUAACGGUCACCUUGUAGCACUAAACCAUUUUAUCUAAUCAACGGCAUGCUGCACGUCAUGAAUGCUCAGACUCACUUAGUCUCGCUUGCCCGUGUGUUGCCCCGUCACUCUCAUUGUGCUGAUGACGUUUGGUUGUGCGUGACCGUGUCUGAAGCUGGCGUACAGGUCCUUCAGGCCCUCCCGCUCCCGCUGGAGACGCCUCCGUCUCCACCUCCCCCGGCACCGUCCUCCACCCCUCCCCCACCACCACCACCUCCACCACCACCACCACCACCACCACCACCUCCACCACCACCACCACCACCACAGGUUGCGGCCGCUCCACCGACGGUCGGGCUUCCAGCUCGGGCUCCGGCGCAGACCAGGGUGGAGCCUCGUGUCGUCUCCGUGGAGGAGACGCCGUGCAGGGAGGCCACCCUGGCGCCGGGGCCCGAGAAGAAGAGGAGGAAGACGACGACGGGCGACGUGGAGCAGCCGGCAACGCCCGCUCCUGCUCGGGCUGAGACCCGGUUGGCUGAGGGCUGGCGGACAGCCCUCACCGGGGAAGAGCAGGAGCUGAACAGUAGGACCCUCUCGCUGGGGUUCACCCGGACGCAGCGAGAGAAGGAGAGGGCUGUGUUGACUUCAGGCGUUGCAGCAGACGGAGGACGACCACCGGCGGCGGCCGCGGCGACAGCGCCGGGCCCGGCCUCAGCGGCGGCGGUGGAUCGUCCGGCGGCAGCAGCGACGUCGGCGGUGCCUCAAGGCCGGGCGACGCCAGCGGCAGCGAGGGGGGCGGCGGUGGCCCCGGCAGCGGCCCCGGCUGUGGCAGCACCGGGGCCCGCUCUGCCGGCGCCCAGACGGCUACUGGCGCCUCGACAGCCCGCCCCCUCGGCUGCUUACCCGGCCUUCCUGCCGACGGCUGCUGCCGCAGCUGCAACUGGACCUUUAAGAGCAGCACAGCCUCUCCUUGUGGACCUCUUACUGCCCCGGCAGAGUGUGUGGGUGCUCCCCGUCCCCGUCCUGACGCUCCCUCGGACACUGCCGGCUCCACACGUCCUCCCUCCGCCGCUGGCCGCCGCACAGCACGCCGGCCCUGAGCUGCCUGUAGCCCUGCCCGCCGCGCAGCACGCCGGCCCUGAGCUGCCGGUAGCCCUCAAAACGGUAGAAUGGAGGAGGCUGAACGCCAAGCGGCGGGCGGAGGCACAGCCGGGCACAACCUACUCCUCCCGGGCCGGCGUGCCACAGGUGCAUAAGUGCAGUAAAUGCGGCCAGCCGAGGCGGAGGGAGACCGGACACUCCCGCCACGGCGGAGAAUACUUCUGCUCCGUCGCGGCGGGUCAGAGUGUGGAGGACUGGCUGAGGGAGAAGAAGGAGCGGGACCAGGGUGGAGCCCCGCACUGAUGCGCACUCUUGCCGGGGAUGGUGUUGUACAUAGUUCUCUUUUGUAUAUAGUUGUUUUUCUGUUGUGUGUGUAUAUAGUUAUUUUGCAGUGUUAGUGUAUAUAGUUGUUUGCUGUAUAUAGUUUUCAUUUUGCAGGGUUAUUGUGUAUAGUUCUUUGUUUUGUUGGAUAGCUUCUAAGUUAGUGCACACACUGCCAUAUAUAUAUAUACUGUUUAUGAAUGAAUAAAAAAAUAAGUAUUCUCUUUCUACGGUA